AUGCGUAGAGGACGAUCUAGAAGUGUGAUCGGGGCAGAAAAGUCUUCUAAUCCUACGGGUCUUUCCCAGGGGUCCACAUUGCAGGCUGUUGUUAUUGACAAGAGUCUCCUUGGGAAUACUGAGAACUUUGCUAAGGGUGAGACAAGCCACCAAGCUCUUGUUCAGGUAUCAGAUUCGGAUAAGUUGAGGUUAUCUGCAGUAAGAAGCAACACCACAUCAGAAGCUGAAAUGGACUCUUCCGAUCUUUCAUCUAGUGAGGAAGAGGAAGAGGGCGAGAUUGUGGAAAUGGCACGGAGAUCUACAAGCAUGCCGGUUAUGCGGCAAUCUGAUGGACCUUGGGCAAGACAAUGA